AUGUCAUUCGAAUCAGUUGGUCAAAACAAAUCAAUAAGUGAAAAUGUAACGAAAGAAACUUCGACUUCACCACUUCAAGAUAUUAUUACACCAAUAGUAACAUCAAUAGUUCAACAGCCACCAUCAACAACUUCCACAUCAACAAAUAUAAUAUUUCAAACUUCUUCGUUAUUAACGUCAUCAUUCAGAAUCCAAAAUUCUCAAAUUCCCAAUUCUCGUAUACCAACUUUUAAAACUUUUCAACAUAAAACUACCUCAUCAAUCGUUACAAAAUCCCCUAUUAUAAAUGAUCAUUAUGAGAAGAAAUCUCAAGAUAUAUUAGAAUAUAAUACGAUAGAAUUUUUUGAAAAUGAACAAACAAAUAAUUUAAAUGAUUUAGGUGGUGACGUAUCCAAUUUAAAUCAUUUAAAUAAUGGCGGUCCUUUCAAUUUAAGUGAAUCUAGUGGUGUAUUAUCAAGUUCGAGUAAUACCGCCGGUCAAAAUGGUCAUUUAAGAAGAUGGCAUAGUAGUAAUUCUGGUCUUCAUCAUUCUAAAAGUACAACUUUUGGAAAUUCAAAUUCCGAAAAUGAUGAAAUUAGAGCAAUAUAUGAACGUUGGAAAUUGGUUUUGCCUAAAGAUGAUUCAAUUUUUGACCAAUAUAGCUCAUGUGUUGAUAGGUAUGGAUUUAUAACGUCAUCAGACGGAAAGAGCCCUGCUCCUCCCUUAUCACAUCAUGAAUUAAGAAUUGAAAAAAAAGAGUCUAUAAGAUCACUAAAGUGGGCUUUAUGGGUAUCUUCAAAUAAAUUUGUUAAAAAAUCUGGAAAAUUUGGCUGUAGUAGUUAUGUUUUUCCUUGGGAUAAAAAGAUGUUAUUAACGUUACCUUCACAACACGAAAAACAAAUUGAUCUGGAUAUUCCACGUACUUUACAUUCUCAUAUUAUGUUUCGAUCUAGAUAUGGCCCUGGACAAAGGGCUUUAUUUAACAUACUUCGCGCCUUUUCAAAUUAUAAUAAACAAAUCGGUUAUUGUCAAGGAAUGACAAAUAUUGUAACGAUUUUAUUAAUGUAUUAUACUGAAGAGAGCGCAUUUAUAAUGUUAACAAAAUUAUUCACAAAAUGUAAUUUACAUAACUUGUUUAUACCUGGAUUUCCUGCAUUAUUGGAAAGUUUUUAUGUUCAAGAAAAAUUAUUGUUAAAAUAUGCUCCGAAAAUUGCCUCUCAAUUUAAUAAGAUACAAUUAUCAACAACCGCAUAUGCAACAAGAUGGUAUAUAACUUUAUUUACAAGCGAUGUUGUACCUCAUCAUACUGUGCUCAGAAUUUGGGAUUUAUUAAUGUUACAUGGAUUUGACAUAUUAUACUUUGUUGCUGUUGCUUUAUUAAAAUAUCAUAAAGCAACUCUAACAACGUCAUCAUUUGAACAUACGAUGAUAAUGUUAUCAACAACAUUAGUUAUAACAGAUGAUGAUAGGUUAAUAAAAAAAGUAAAAAAGAUGUUUGAUCUUAAAGGUAGAAAAGCAUUAAUAGAUACUUUAAAAGCAGAGUAUAGAAGUCAAUUUGAAACCAGUUUUUCAUAUGUUGAACCCGAGUUUAAUUCGGUUUUAAUUCGGUUUGGACAUAUGAAAAAUAAAUCUGAUUCCCAAAAUUUACUUAUAACCGAUAACGAUAAAUGUGAUAGGUAA